AUGGCUGUGCGGUCCAGGACGGGCUUCUACCGGCAGGAGGUCAACAGAACCGUGUGGGAGGUUCCGGAGAGGUACCGGGACCUGAAGCAGGUCGGAACAGGCGCCUAUGGGACUGUGUGUUCAGCAUGGGACCGCCGGAUGGGGAUGCAGGUCGCCAUCAAGAAACUUCAUCGGCCCUUCCAGUCCAAACUUUUUGCCAAAAGGGCGUACAGAGAGUUGCGACUCCUCAAACACAUGAAGCAUGAAAAUGUCAUUGGGCUUCUGGAUGUUUUCACUGCUGAGAUUGUAUUGGACCGCUUGCGUGACUUUUACCUGGUGAUGCCGUUCAUGGGCACUGACCUCGGCAAGCUGAUGAAGAUGGAGAGAUUAUCAGAAGACAGGGUGCAGUUCCUCGUCUAUCAGAUGCUGAGAGGACUCAAGUAUAUCCACUCUGCAGGGAUCAUCCACAGGGACCUCAAACCAGGAAAUUUAGCCAUUAACCCAGACUGUGAGCUAAAGAUUCUUGAUUUUGGCUUGGCGAGGCAGGCCGACACAGAAAUGACCGGCUACGUCGUGACACGCUGGUACCGAGCACCCGAGGUUAUCCUCAACUGGAUGCACUACACACAAACCGUGGAUAUUUGGUCGGCAGGUUGUAUUAUGGCAGAGAUGCUGCUGGGAAAGCCGCUGUUCAAAGGAAGCGAUCACCUGGACCAGCUCCGAGAAAUCAUGAAGAUUACAGGAACCCCAGCUGCUGACUUUGUCGUAAAGCUACAGAGCCAGGAUGCCAAAAACUACAUCAGAAGUCUACCAAAAGUGCCAAAAAAAGAUUUGCUCUCUGUUUUCUCCAAAGCUAGUUCAAAUGCAGUGUGUGUCUUGGAAAAGAUGCUGCUCCUGGACCCCGAGCAGAGGGUGAGUGCCUCGGAGGCGCUCGAACUACCUUUCUUCAGCGAGUUCAGAGAUGCCGAGGAGGAGACUGAGGCGCUGCCCUACGAUCAGACCAUGGACAACACAGACCUGCCGCUGGACCAGUGGAAACGUCACACUUUCACAGAAAUACUGACCUUCAGGCCACCCAGGGACUCCAGAGAGACGUCACUUUAAGACACACAUGGACACAAUAUUGCACACGUUACACAAACACACAUACGCACCCAAAAAUAUAAUUUUCCUGUUGACUUUGUUGUGUUGGUGUAGGAGUAAUGGAUAUUAUUAGUCUGAAUGAAUGCAUUGUUAAAAAGUUCAGUUGUGUUUGUGUGUGUGUGUGUGUGUGUGUGUGUGUGUGUCAGAUUAUGUAUCCAUCAUCCAUAGAUAACAUGGUCAAAUUCAUACUAACUGUGACUGCUUCCUUAAAGUCAGUCUAACCAUUAUGUAGCUGUUUUCUUGUCUGUUUGCUCUUUGAUUUAUUCCGAUAAUGGAGGCAUUUCUGGAACUGAGGGUGAGGUCACCCAUUGUACAGUACAAAGUGAUGUGAAUAAUGAUGUCACACACAUCCUAUUAACCACUGCAUGACCCACAAACCAUUUAUCUUCAUGUAAUGAUUAAAAAAACUAAAAUUGUGAAUGAAAAUGCGGCCAACAGAAAUGACUUUUCUUCUCACAGUUUAUUUUAGGUGGAGCAGAGUUAUGACGAUGCCAUGUUAGAUUUGUUUGCAUAUGUUUACAUGUUUUUUUCAAGAUGAAGUCCAUAUUUGUUCAGGACACAUUUUAUUUUACAGUGAUCAGACUUGUGACAUUUCCCCAUUUGGGUCUGUCUCCAAACCAUUACACCAUCCUACAAACUCCAAAACACUUCCCUUAAACUGGCUCUGAGCCUGGAGCCCUAAGACAAGAGCACUGCUGCUCUGACGUUUUUCUUCUUUUGCAUCUGAGCUUUCUCCAUGGACUCCCAUCUCAUCUGGAAAAUGGACCCUAGAUUUACCAGUAAAGAUACGUAAAUUGUUUUUUUUGCUACUGCGGAAAAUCUGCAAAGAGUCACUCAGGGUGAAACCUCCUUUUAAACACAUUCUACUUUGAACUGCCAUCAAUUAACAGCUAUGCACUCAUUAGAGUGACUAAGAAGGGAUAUAUGUCUCUUGUCAGAUCUCACUGAUAAGAGCUGUUUGCAUGCUGCUAUUGACUGACUAUGCAACACUAGUUCUCUACUUCCUGGUGGCUUUACACUUCAGAUUCUUAUGGGAAAAUGGAGAAUACCUUCAAACCAAAACAAUACGGAGGACAUUCAAACCUCAGCAGACUUUUGUUGCUGCUGUUUCUGGCAGGUAAUACUUGAUUUUCCUAUUGAAAAAAUACCAGUGGCAGAGUUUUAGUUGGGAUAAUUUUGUCCUUUGACACAGUGUGUGAGUGGUGCCGUACUGAUUUUAAAGGCUUUUUUCUGUGUUUUACUUUGAAAACUCCUUACUUUGUGUAUAUUACCUGCUAAAAAUGAGAUGGGAUGAUAUAAAUAUGACAUAAUGAAAUCAUGAACUACAGUAAA